AUGUCUCUUUAUCAUGAGGCUGCUGAGAUCCUGACAGGGUCUUCAUCUGAAGGCGGAAGUCUAAAGUCCCGUGUUUUUAAAAAGAAGGGCCUCAAGUCUGCUCCUAACCAGGUCUACGCCUUAGUCCUGGAGAGUUGCAAAUGGAGUCCCAUCCUCAAAGAAGUGAUUGAGAAAUCAGAACUUCUCAAAUUGGAGCGAAAGCUCACACCGACGUUGUCAUUACUUCUUGUCCAUGACCUCCUACUAGCAAAGAAGGGAAUUGCGCUUCCACAAAGCCAUGGCCUACGUGCAUCUAUCGAGAGACACAAAGCGCGCAUCAGCUCAGAGUUCAAGCUUGCGCGGCUUCGCAGAAAGAUGCCGACAGUCGAGGCUCUAAAAGAGCAAGUUGAGAGGGACUGCGCAGGCGAGGAAGCAAACUACCCUCGAUGGGUUCGCGUCAACGCUGUGAAGAGCACAUUGGAAGAACAGCUUGAGACCACCUUCUCCAAGUACACCAGAGCUACAUCGAUUAAGGAGGUUGUCACCAAUGCUGGAAAACUCAUCUAUAUCGACCCUCACGUACCGAAUCUCGUGGCAAUCACUGCAGGGAUCGACCUCACCAAAACAGAGGCAUAUACCUUUGGCAAGAUCAUUCUUCAAGACAAAGCAUCCUGUUUCCCCGCCUAUCUCUUGGACCCUAGGGUAGAAGACGGAGAUUUGAUCGACGCGUGCGCUGCCCCUGGUAACAAGACAACACAUCUGGCAGCUAUCGUCAAGGAGCAUACGCCCGAAUUCGAUUCACCCAAGCAAGCCAUUUAUGCAUUUGAGAAGGAUCCUAGAAGAGCGCAGGUCCUGCACAAGAUGGUCAAAAUAGCUGGCUCAGAUUCUGUCACGAAGAUUGGAUUUGGCCAAGACUUCAUGCAGGUGAAACCCAGAGCAGAUAACUACAAGUCAGUUGGAGCAUUGCUUCUGGAUCCUAGUUGUUCGGGGAGCGGUAUCGUUGGACGAGAUUCGAUGCCGGAACUUCAUUUACCAGAACCUUACAGCGGUAACGGAAAAACGCCACCAACAAAACCAAACAAUCGCAAAAGAAAACACGAGAAGGUCGAGCCGGCCCCUGAGAGUGUCAUGAUAGACGACGAUGGAAACGAAACAGCGAUUAAAUCAGAGAAGGACCUCGAAACACGUCUUGAGGCUUUGUCGUCCUUCCAGUUGGUUCUCCUAUUACAUGCUUUCCGGUUCCCAUCAGCAAAGAAGAUCACAUACUCAACUUGUUCUAUUCACAUGCAAGAAAACGAACGCGUCGUCAUGAGAGCUCUCGAAUCCGACAUUGCAAAGCGAAGAGGUUGGCGCAUUCUUCUACGGAAGGACCAGGUUUCCGGGAUGAGAGAAUGGCCUGUUCGUGGGCUACCUGAAGCAUGCGAAGGCAACGAAGAGAUAGCAGAAGGCUGCAUUCGCUCUUACAAAGAUGAUGGACAGGGUGUUAUGGGAUUCUUCGUCGCUGGCUUUGUUCGAUCCGGCGAACAAGAUGACGCACCUGCUGAUGACGAGGGUCCUUAUGUGCGAGAUGACAACGGUGCUAUAGUUCGUGAUGUUGUUGGUAUGCCUACGUUGAAGUCAACAGGCGAGACCGUUUCUUUGACUACAAGAGAUGACAAGAAACAUAACAAGGAUGAGGAGAGCAGCGAAGAGGAGGAAUCUUCAAGUGAGAGUGAUAGCAGUGAGGACAACGAAUGGGGCGGUUUCGAUGAUUAA